GGCACUACCUUAAAAAUGGUUGCGCUCUACACCACGUGACGCGAUUCCUGGAAAGUUCUUGGAAAUCGGUAUUUUGUGUGUAGCUGUGGGUUUAAUGGGGAUUUGGUUAUUAAAAACACAUACCGAAGGAAAGGGAUUCAACGCCGCGGAAAAGACUGUCAUUGGGAUCUCUACCAAAAACAAGACAUUCUGCAUGGUAUUUUAAAUCUUAACAUUACCAGCAGUGAGCGAGUCGUGCCGACUUGCCUGCCUCGGUCGCGAGACGUUGUCAUUGCCUGUUUUGCACCACGGGUUGGAAAAAUAUUCAGAGUUAGUUUGCCAUCUCGCCAAAAUGACAACUGAUUGAUUAGCCCGCCAGAACAUAAAUAAUACGACAUGGAAAUCCCUAACUAUGUAAUCUGUCAUCUUUCAGUGUGAUCGACAUGGCUAAACUAGCUAGCUGUUCCCUAGAAGUGUAUAGCUAACGAGCGGUUUUGUGCUUUGUUUAUUCAUCUUAGUCCCCUUUCUUUAGGGAGAAGUGGUUUUGAAUUAUCAUCGGUAGUCGUUUGGUGCUGGAUCCACUCGCAAAUAGGACGAUACAUACAAUUCAAGAAGAAACUUGCAGAAGAAACUGGUUUUGCGACUGUGGGGAAACUGCCUGUCUUCUGUGGAAUAUUUUUUUGCAUUUGUCGGAUGACUUUUGGCCUACGUCUGGGCAAUUUCGGGUGGUUCCCCAAUGACCUGCCACUCACCCGAAUCCACGGAGACCAUCGAAAACGAGAGAAGAACGGAUACCGACUCACGAGUUGUAGAUUCCGACGAGACACGCAUCGCUCAGACCAUGAAAGACCUUAAAAAUACAGGCUGGUACUGGGGCAGCCUGACUGCCAACGAAGCCAAAGAGAUUCUCCAGGAUGCAUCGGAGGGCACCUUCCUGCUGCGAGACAGCUCCCAGAGGGACUACCUGUUCACCAUCUCUGCCAUGACCUCCGCCGGCCCAACCAACUUGCGCAUCGAGUACAAGGAGGGGAAGUUUAAACUGGACUCGGUGGUGCUGAUCAAGCCCAAGCUCAAACAGUUUGACAGUGUGGUGCACCUGGUGGAACACUACGUGCAGCUGUCCAGGACUACCAGUAAAAGGCCGUCGUCAGGGGCGUCGCAGUCCCUGGCCCCACCCAACGGGACAGUUCAGCUGCUCCUGACCAAGCCUGUGUACACUGCCACGCCCUCGCUACAGCACCUGUCCCGGAUCGCCAUCAACAACGCCACCAGGCAGGUGCAGGAGCUGCCUUUACCCAACAGGCUAAAGAACUACCUGACGGACUACAGCUACAAUGUAUAGUAGGACUACAAAUCCCAGAUGUGGUGUGGGAUAUAGAGCACUGCACCUGCCAUGUAGUGGCUGUCAGACUAUCACCCAGUCUGAAGUCUACCUUUAGCCCCAACCACUAGACAUGGCUUGAUGGCCCCCGUACUUCUGGAAGGAUUGAUGUUGCGUAAUAUGGUUAGAGCCAAGUCAGUCAACUAGUCCUCAGGAAGCUAGGUGGAAUUUCUCCCAUAUUACUUCACCCUUCCAGUUCAUUUAGAGCUACAGUUGUUCAUCAAAAAGGGCUUAGAAGUUGGAGCUAAGGGUUGAUUUCAGACCCGGGUCAUGUUCAUAAUCUCUGAAACUGCUACAAUUUUUUGUUCAAGUGGUGGUAUACCCUGCCUGCAGAACAGCUCAGGUAACAGUGUUUCAGACCCUUCUGAACGAGACCCAGGAGGGGUGGCAGUUAGCGCACUUUUUUUUUUUUUUUCCUUCUUGUUUCAAAGCUUUGUUACUUUUCAUAAUCUGCCUCAUGUCUGUGACAUGAGCAUCUGACACGGUGUCCACUUUCAUUCUGAAUUAUGUUUUAGUUUGUUCAUUUUUUUUUUUUUUUUGUACUGUAAUCAUAAGGUGCGGUGCUGGGGUGUCGAACUACAUGUAGGGGAACUAACUACUACAUUUUUCAGUAGCUUGGAGGUAGUUUCAAAUCUUGGUAGUAUUUUCAGUGGUUAAUUACUUUUUUUUUGUGUAGCUAAUUACUGGAACUACACACAACCCCUUUUUUUGUGUAAAAUUGGCCAGAAUUUAUUUUUUUGCAUCAGACCUACUUAACUAUCACUUGAAAGCGUUUUGGUGUUUAAUAGGGCUGAAUAUUUGACUCCAGGGUGAUUUUUCACGUAGUAGUUUGGAUGUAGUGAACACAUUUUUCAAAAUCACUUUAGUUAAGUAAGCUAUAAGUGUAGCUUUUUCCAGUGCGACGUACUUGGUAAGCUAUUUUCAGACUAGCUUCCCCAACACUGAGAAUUAUAUAUAUUUUUUUUCCUCACUCAGUUCAGAUUUUGGUUUUGAUAAAGCACAAGCAAUUUACAGGCUUCAAAUCUGAUGUUGGUUUCUCUCACACUGUCUCACUCUGCCGCCUCCUGCUAAGAGGUUAAAAAUAAUUACUUUCAGGAAGUGCUCAAACCUGGAUGUUGCUCCCACUAUGCAUCAAGUGUUCUGUGAAACAUCUACUUCAUCACUGCGUUUUCUUUCAAUAGAAAAUCCCCUUGAGCAAGUCAAUGCUCACACCUCAGAACUAGACCUUUUAUUAGACACAGGCUGUAUCUAAUGUCUAGCUAUUACGGCUGUGUUAAAAGGAAUUAGCUUUCCAAGCGCAUAUUGGAUGUUCGUCCAGGGGUUUUCAUUGGAUCAACGUGAAUCUUAUUUUAAUCAACAAUUUUGGAAGUAUUUAUUGAUUGUUCUACUGUGUUUCCUAUUAAAGUUACAAAUAAAUCCUGAAAGCAUGUUUUAUCAUAGCCUCUAUUCUGCAAUAAUGAAUGUGAUGCAGGGCUGUCAUGGCGCUCCUGUGUAUUGUUUGAGUCAUUCUCUCAAUUCCUAAAAGGUUCAGUGUGAACAAUUCUCGCAGAAUAUUCCAGAAAUCACUCUUGAUACUAGAGGUUGACAGAUUGAUUUUUUUUUUUUUUUUUCGCCGAUACCGAUUUAUUGGAGGACCCAAAAAAGCAGAUGCCGAUUUAUUAUUUAUUUAUAAUAAUGACAAUUACAACAAUACUGAAUUAACACAACUUAUUAUAAUACAUCAAUAAAAUCAAUUUAGCCUCAAAUAAUUAAACAUGUUCAAUUUGGUUUAAAUAAUGCAAAAACGAAGUGUUGGAGAAGAAAGUAAAAGUGCAAUAUGUGCCAUGUAAAAAAAAAAGCUAACGUUUAAGUUCCUUGCUCGGAACAUGUAAAAGCUGGUGGUUCCUUUUAACAUGAGUCUUCAAUAUUCCCAGGUAAGAAGUUUUAGGUUGUAAUUAUAGGACUAUUUCUCUCUAUACCAUUUGUAUUUCAUAUACCUUUGACUAUUGGAUGUUCUUAUAGGCACUUUAGUAUUGCCAGUGUAACAGUAUAGCUUCCGUCCCUCUCCUCGCUCGAACCAGGAACACAUUGACAACAGCCACCCUCGAAACAUCGUUACCUAUCGCUCCACAAAAGCCGCGGCCCUUGCAGAGCAAGAGGAACAACUACUCCCAAGUCUCAGAGCGAGUGACGUCACCAGUUUGAAACGCUAUUAGCGCACACCCCGCUAACUAGCUAACCAUUUCACAUCAGUUACACCACCCUAAUCUCGGGAGUUGAUAGGCUUGAAGUCAAAAACAGCUCAAUAGUUGAAGAGCUGCUGGCAAAACGCACGAAAGUGCUGUUUGAAUUCAUGCGUACGAGCCUGCUGCUGCCUACCAUCUGUCAGUCUGACUGCUCUAUCAAAUAUCAAUCGGACUUAAUUAUAACAUAACACACAGAAAUACGAGCCUUUGGUCAUUAAUAUGGUCGAAUCCGGAAACUAUCAUCUCAAACAAAACGUUUAUUCUUUCAGUGAAAUACGGAACCGUUCCGUAUUUUAUCUAAUGGGUGGCAUCACUAUGUCUAAAUAUUGCUGUUACAUUGUACAACCUUCAAUGUUAUGUCAUAAUUACGUAAAAUUCUGACAAAUUAGUUCGCAACGAGCCAGGCGGCCCAAACUGUUGCAUAUACCCUGACUCUGCGUGCAAUGAACGCAAGAGAAGUGACACUUUCACCUGGUAAAUAUUGCCUGCUAAUCUGGAUUACUUUUAGCUUAAUAUGCAGGUUUAAAAAUAUAUACUUCUGUGUAUUGAUUUUAAGAAAGGCAUUGAUGUUUAUUGUUAGGUACAGUCGUGCAGCGAUUGUCCUUUUUUUCGCAAAUGCGCUUUUGUUAAAUCAUCCCCCGUUUGGCGAAGUUGGCUGUCUUUCUUAGGAAGAAAUAGUCUUCACACAGUUCGCAACGAGCCAGGCGGCCCAAACUGCUGCAUAUACUCUGAUUUCCCUAGUUAAAUAAAGGUGUAAAAAAAAAACUGCCAAAUCGGUGUCCAAAAAUACCGAUUUCCGAUUGUUAUGAAAACUUGAAAUGGGCCCUAAUUAAUCGGCCAUUCCGAUUAAUCGGUCGACCUCUACUUGAUACAUGAUCAUGACACUUACUGUUUUCAUAUGGUGCUUCAACGCAAAUGUAAUGUUUUCUCUGUGAGGAAACCAGAAAAAUAAAACUUAAGACUUCCUA